UGAACUCAGAUUAACAAACCUGAAAACAAGUCUUCUCUCUGACAUGGAAGAAUGACCCAGAUCAUAUCAACCAUGUUAGGGACACAAAAGACUCUUCUUUUUCUGUUUCAAAUCCUCUUAUUAUGUUUAUUUCCAUUGCAGAUCAAAUCAUCUCAAAGAACAGAAGCUGAAUCACUCAUUCAAUGGAAGAACAGCUUAUCUUAUUCACCUCUAUCUCUUGAUUCAUGGUCCCUCAGAAACCUCAACAAUCUCUGCAACUGGACUGCAAUUCUCUGUGACUCAUCUGGAACUAGCGUGUCUAAAAUCAACCUGUCCAACGCAAACAUCACUGGAACUCUCACCCAAUUCAACUUCACUUCAUUAUCAAAUCUCACCAGCAUUGACUUUGGCAAUAACAAUAUCAGUGGACUCAUUCCAUCAACCAUUGGUACCCUCUCAAGACUCACUUUCAUGAACUUGAGUUUCAAUUAUUUCGAAGGCGAGAUUCCUCCAGAGAUUGGCCGGUUGUCCGAGCUUCAGUAUCUUAGUCUUUCCAGUAACAAUCUCAAUAAUACAAUCCCAUAUCAGCUAAGCAAUCUUCAAAAGGUAACAUACCUAGACCUUGGAGUAAACUACUUAACAGAUUCCCCUGACUGGUCCAAGUUUUCUGGUAUGCCUAUGUUGACAUACCUUAAUCUUAUCCUUAAUAAACUUGUCUUGGAGUUUCCAGGUUUCAUACCCAGUUGUAAGAACCUGACUUUCCUGAACUUGUCACAGAAUUCUUUGACUGGACAAAUACCAGAACUGGUUUUUACCAAUCUGGGGAAGCUUGAAUAUCUCAACCUUACAAACAAUCAGUUUGAAGGACCAUUGUCUUCUAAGAUUUCUAAUCUUUCCAAGAUGAAACAUCUUCGAGUAGCAAAUAACAAGUUCAAUGGUUCAAUUCCUGAGGGCAUAGGAGGAUUGAUGUCUGACCUUGAGAUUCUUGAACUGUAUAACAAUUCAUUUGAAGGAAGCAUUCCUUCUUCUGUAGGCCAGCUGAGGAAUCUCCAAACACUUGAUCUCAGAAUGAAUUCCUUGAAUUCAUCAAUUCCUUCUGAGAUUGGGUUUUGUACUAGCCUCACUUAUGUAGCUUUUGCUAUUAAUCAGUUGACUGGGGAAUUGCCUUUGUCUUUGUCCAAUCUGACCAAAUUAUCUGAGUUGGGUUUGUCCGAUAAUUUUCUCUCCGGCGAGAUAUCUCCAUAUCUAAUCUCCAAUUGGACAGAAAUGACUUCCUUGCAACUCCAGAAUAAUCUCUUCUCUGGAAAAAUUCCGCCAGAAAUUGGACAACUGACAAAGCUUACACUCCUUUUUCUAUACAACAAUACACUCUCUGGCAUCAUUCCAUCCGAGAUUGGUAACUUGAAAGAUCUGGAGAUUUUGGACCUCUCGGGGAAUCACCUUUCCGGUCCGAUUCCUGCAAAAGUUGGGAAUCUCACAAAUCUUUUAACCUUAAACCUUUUCUUUAACAGACUCAAUGGCACACUUCCACCGGAGAUUGGAAAUAUGAGUUCACUGCAAGUCCUUGAUGUUAAUAAUAAUAAUCUAUAUGGGGAGGUGGCAGAGACCAUUUCACAUCUCAGUGAAUUAUUGGUAAUAAAUCUGUUCACUAAUAAUCUCACAGGCAGCAUUCCUAGUGAUUUGGGGAAGAACAGUCCUUAUCUAGAAAUUGUUAGCUUCUCCAACAACAGCUUCUCUGGAGAAUUGCCACCUGAAUUGUGUAGUGGUUUUGCUCUUACAAUUUUGACAGUCAAUGGCAAUAACUUCACAGGGUCACUUCCAAAUUGCUUGAGGAACUGCUCUGGACUAAAUAGAGUCCGGUUUGAUGGGAACCAAUUCACUGGGAACUUCACAGAUGCAUUUGGAGUUCACCCAGGUCUUACUUUCAUCACUUUCAGUAACAAUCAGUUUAUUGGUAAAAUCUCGCCACUGUGGGGAGAAUGCAAAAAUCUCACUAACUUGGAGAUGGAUAGAAAUAGAAUUUCAGGAGAAAUUCCUACUGAGCUUGGGAAGUUGACCCAGUUGGGGGUUCUAAGACUUGAUUCUAAUGAGUUGACUGGGAAAGUUCCUGUAGAACUUGGGAAUCUAAGUCAGUUGUUCAGGCUCAAUUUGAGCAACAACCAUCUGAUAGGAGAGAUCCCGGAGGGUUUAGGCAACUUAUCGUGGCUCGCGUACCUUCAUCUGUCACACAACAAUUUGUUUGGGGACAUACCAAAAGAUAUUGGCAGUUUUGAGAAAUUGUUGAGCUUGGACUUGAGCCAAAAUAAUCUAUCAGGUGAGAUACCCUUGGAGCUUGGUGACUUGAUACAGUUGCAGUACAUGUUUGAUGUAAGCAGCAACUCACUUUCAGGAGCAAUCCCUCAAAGUCUGCAGAAGCUGACUUCAUUGGAGAACUUAAAUGUCUCAAAUAAUGAUCUCUCAGGGAGCAUCCCAUCUGCAUUUUCUGACAUGAUAAGUCUGAGUUCGAUUGAUUUUUCAAACAAUAAGUUGACAGGUCCAAUCCCAACUGGCAGUAUUUUCCAGAACUCACCUGAAGCCUUUGUUGGAAACUUGGGUUUGUGUGGAAAUGCAGAAGGAUUUUCUCCUUGUAAUCCAAUCCAAGAAAGUGGCAAGUCCUCGAAAAUUAAUAAAAAGGUUCUCAUUGAAGUCAUUGUUCCGGUUUGUGGCUUAUUUUUGCUUGCAGCAGGUGUCGCAUUUAUGAUAUUCCACCAAAAAGCCAAGCUCCAGGAUGAAGAGACCAAAAGCAUGAAAAAGUACAAGGAAUCCGAGGCCAUGUUAUGGGAAAGAGAAGGAAAGUUCACAUUUGGGGAUAUUGCAAAGGCCACUGAUGACUUCAAUGAAAAUUACUGCAUUGGUGAGGGAGGAUUUGGAGUGGUUUACAAGGCUGAAUUGCCAACAGGUGAAGUUGUUGCAGUAAAAAAACUCAAUAUAUCAGAUUCCAAUGAUAUAUUGGCAGUACAUCGACAAAGUUUCGAGAAUGAGAUCAGGGCAUUGACAGAGGUUAGGCACCGGAACAUUAUCAAGCUCUAUGGAUAUUGUUCUAGCAGGGGUAGCAUGUACUUGGUUUAUGAAUAUAUAGAAAGAGGUAGUUUAGGUAAUGUCCUGUAUGGAGUAGAUGGAAAGGUGAAGCUAGACUGGGCUACGAGGGUGAAAAUUGUGCAAGGGGUAUCUCAUGCCAUAUCCUACUUGCAUCAUGAUUGCAGUCCACCAAUUGUUCACAGGGACAUAUCCUUGAAUAACAUUUUGCUUGAGUCAGAAUACGAGCCACGUCUAGCAGAUUUUGGCACUGCAAGAUUGUUAAGCCCAGAUUCAUCGAACUGGACAGCAGCUGUUGGGUCUUAUGGUUACAUGGCUCCAGAACUUGCACUUACAAUGAAGGUCACCGAUAAAUGUGAUGUCUAUGGCUUUGGAGUGGUGGCACUGGAAGUUAUGAUGGGAAAGAAUCCUGGAGAGUUACUAAGCUCGCUAUUGACGACAGCAUCAUCAACAAAUGAUCCAGAGUUAUUGCUUAAGGAUGAGCUAGAUCAACGUCUCCCGCCCCCCACAGGCAAAUUGGCUGGAGUAGUAGUGUUUGUGGUUAGUUUAGCCUUGGCGUGCACGCGAACCAUUCCAGAGUCGAGACCUACAAUGCGGUUUGUUGCACAAGAAUUAUCAGCAAAAACACAGGCAUGCCUGUCUGUACCAUUCUCCAGAAUCACCAUUAACGAGCUGACAGGAUUUCAAAAAUAGUACACAUUGAUCGAGAAGUUCAGGCAGGCCAUGUCUCAUUUGUCUUGGUUCAAAGUCUUAUAAAUCAGGAUAUUAGAUUGUAAAAGUCCCCAAAUGUGAAAUAGUUGCAGAAUAAUCUCAGUCCCCAUAUUGGGCACCUGUGAGGGACUUGUAAUGCUUAUCUGUCAUAUUUGCAGGAUUCCCCCUUUUCCUCUUCUGCUAGGCAUACUUGCUAGAUAGUAUGUAAUGUAUAAAUCCAGUGCAGAAUCUUCAAUUGUUUUACUCAUUCAGGAACUUGCAAGUUAAAAGCAGAUCAAUCACAGCUGCACCAGCCAAUUUAAUAA